CAACGCACGAGCCCGCCGGGCCAGGACCGUGGGGCUGGGCUGGAGUGAAGGUGGCUACGAGCUCAAGCCUUCAUGCCAGGAUGGCAGAAGAUGAACCUGAUGCUAAGAGCCCAAAGACUGCAGGAAGGGCCCCGUCAGGUAGUGCUGAGGCAGGGGAACCUACCACCCUUCUUCAGAGGCUCCGGGGUACCAUUUCUAAGGCCGUGCAGAACAAAGUAGAGGGAAUCUUGCAAGAUGUACAGAAAUUUUCAGACAAUGACAAGCUGUAUCUCUACCUUCAGCUCCCCUCAGGGCCCAGUACUGGAGACAAAAGAAGAAGAAAAGUCCCUGUCCUGCAUUGGUUUACCAGAGAAAGCUCAGAGCCAAGUACACUCAGCAAUGAGGAGUACAUGUAUGCCUAUAGGUGGAUCCGCAACCACCUAGAAGAACAUACUGACACCUGUCUGCCAAAGCAAAGCGUUUAUGAUGCCUAUCGGAAGUACUGUGAGAGCCUCGCUUGUUGCCGCCCACUCAGCACAGCCAACUUUGGCAAAAUCAUCAGAGAGAUCUUCCCUGACAUCAAGGCCCGAAGGCUUGGUGGCCGGGGUCAGUCCAAAUAUUGCUACAGUGGCAUACGAAGAAAGACUUUGGUAUCUAUGCCACCCUUGCCUGGCCUUGACCUAAAGGGCUCUGAGAGUCCAGAUAUGGGCCCAGAAGUAACCCCAGCACCUCGGGAUGAACUGGUUGAGGCAGCCUGUGCCCUGACCUGUGACUGGGCAGAGCGAAUCUUGAAACGGUCCUUCAGCUCCAUCGUUGAGGUCGCCCGCUUCCUGCUACAGCAUCAUCUCAUCUCUGCCCGCUCUGCACAUGCCCAUGUGCUUAAGGCCAUGGGGCUUGCUGAAGAGGAUGAACAUGCCCCUCGGGAAAGGACAUCUAAAUCUAAGAAUGGUGUAGAGAACCCAGAGGAUGGAGCCCAUAAGAAACCAGAGAGACCGACCCAGCCUCCUCAGGAACUGGAACCCCGAGCUGGGGCUGGUCCCCCAGUACGCGGAGAGCGGAAGAAGAGUGUAGUAGAGAGUCCAGUCCCAGCAGCCAAUAACCCACAGGUUAAUGCCCUGGUGGCCCGGCUGCCUCUGCUCCUCCCCCGGGCCCCUCAUUCGCUUAUUCAGCAAAUCUCCGUCUCUCCAUCCAUCGUGGCCCCCAAGCUUUCUUCAGGCACUCUGAAAUUGACUGCACUACCUGUGUCCAAUAGGGUUAGGGGAUCCCAGGCAGCUGUGCCCAUCAUUAAUAUGAUCUUACCAACUGUUCCCGCUUUGCCUGGACCUGGACCUGGACCUGGACCUGGGCAUGCUCCACCUGGGGGGCUUACUCAGCCACUGGGCACAGAGAAUAGGGAGGUAUACAUAGGUGGUGACCCAAGACCUCAUGACAAGGGUAUCAAGAGGACAGCUGAAGUAACUGUGAGUGAGGCCAAUGGACAGGACCCACCAGCAAAAGCAGCAAAGCAGGAUAUAGAGGAUACAGGGAGUGAUGCCAAAAGAAAACGGGGGCGCCCUCGAAAAAAAUCAGGUGGAAGUAGGGAAAGGAAUUCUGCCCCUGAGAAGUCAUCAGCUGCCAUGGACUCUGCCCAUUCAUCAAGGUUAUCACAGGAGACGUGGGCCCCUGGAAGCAACUCAGCUGGAGGGUCAGAGAAGCCAGGGCCAGUGGGAGAGGCUGAGAAGGGGUUGGUGCUUGCCCAAAGUCAGGAAGAUGGUGCUAUAUCUAAAGGAGGAAGGGGCCCCAGUUCCCGCCAUGCCAAAGGAGAAGAUAAAAUUCCUCUUGUCACCCCGAAAGUGAGUGUCAUCAAGGGCAGUAGAAGCCAAAAGGAGGCUCUUUAUUUGGAAAAGGGAGAGGUAGGCACUGUAGCACAGGGUAAUAAAGAUUUAAAGGGGCAUAUACUUCAAAGUUCCUCAUCCCAUGAGCAGAAAGACCCCAAAGCAACACCCCCCUGAUAGGUAUGCAGAGAAGAGUGUUUAUAUCCAGAUGUGAACUCUUACCUGUCUGCCUCGUAGAGCCCUUCUCACUUGCUUCUCCUCUGGCUCUUUUUUUUCUAAAGGGAAUUCAUGCUCUUCUGUGUAGACAGCUCAAUACCCUUGGCUUUAGAGUCACUAACAAAUCUGUAGUGACCUUACCUGGAUCCUGUGGGAAGUUAGGAUUGGACUGAUAGGAUGAACAUAUAGGUUAGGAAUCUUUUUGGUUUCAAGUCAUAGAAAACCUAACUCAUACUGGCUUAAAAAUAAAGAUUAUUGGUUCAUGUAACUGUAAAGCCCAGAGGUAGUGCUGGCUCCAGGUAAAGCUGAUCCAGUGGCUCAGUAAGUCUAAAUACCUGAUUGACUCCCCUUCCCCUCCCCAACCUCUCUGUUCUACCUUCUGUAGGAUCAUAGGAACCCCGGGCCGCCAGCACUCCUAGAAUUACAAUGUUUCCUCAUUUAUAUCCAACCAGAAACAGGGCAUCUUUGUGCCAGGAAUACUAGCAAGAACCUUGAUCCUUCUGAUUAGGCCAGCUUGUGUCACAUGUCCACCCCUAACCAAUCCCUGUGGCCAGAGGGAUGGUAUAUGCUAAUUUGCUUAUCUACAUCAGGGACUGCAUCUAUGGAAUAAGGGUGGGAUUAGCCUUCUUAGAAAGUGGGAGGGGGAAGUUCCUGGGGAGGCAGUUGACACCUGGCCACUACUAUUAAGUACACGUUUUAGCUUGCUAGGUUGAGAUCCGCUGUACCUGCUUUUUCCCUCAUAAUCUUGCAUUUUUCUUACUGCAGCUGUAACCUCUUCUUAUUCUGGUCUCAGAAGGAAUGAGAGGGAAGUCACUUUCUUUUAGGGACUAUUUUUUAGUCUCGUUUAGAUGACAAUCCCUAUUUGUUUUUUUCACCUACAGCUCAGAAAUGGAGUUCCUUCCUUUUCCUGUUUGUAAACUUUAGUUUCUCGUUUCUGCUUCCCUGUCUCCCACCCUACUGCCACUAUCACUAGAGAGUGAUAUUCACUUCUGGUCAUUUUAUUAAAUUCACUCUGUAUCCACCAGGUGUCAGCCUCUUAUCAUACAUGUGUCAGGACUAGUCAGGAUUGUGGGGUUUAGCCUAGCUGUAUGAAAGGAGGUAGCUCUGUGUAUCAGGGAGCACCAAUAGGAAGGGAAUCCAGACCCUGCAGGUUGGUCGUUGGGAAAUGCUGUAAACUCACCAAUAUUUAUCAAGGACCUAACUUUGUCUUCUGCAUAGGGUAGCUUCUGUCAGGGAAUCUUGGCUCUUCCCAAGAAAUACAGAUGUUCUUUCAGGGAGAUUUCAUUUGUUCAUUUAUUUCCACUGCAGCAGAUUUUUAGAAAUUAUAAUAUGUAAUAUUUGAUAUCUAUAAAAAUAUAUUUAACAUGAAUAAAUUAUGAAGCAUAAUAAUUAAAUUACUACCUAUGACCCAUCACCCAACUUAUACAUUAAAACAUUGGAAAUAUCAUUGUCUUUCUUGUGCUUCUCCCCAGUACUAUCCCCUGCCUCUCCCUAGAGAUAACUACUG